CCCUCGCUGCUCCAUCCCUCACCACCACAACCAUCCCUCCACUCGAUAGGUAGCGCCUCUGCGCUACUAACCACACCCACCAUGGACUACGAGAUGGAUAUCGAGCCCACCGGGCCCCAAGUCACCGUCCGCGAAGCCGAACCCACUCGCGUUGACUUCAAACUCACCUCCGUCGACCUCGCCUUCGCCAACUCCCUCCGCCGAGUAAUGCUCUCCGAAAUCCCCACGAUGGCCAUCGACCUCGUCGAAGUGGAAAAGAACACCUCCGUACUGCCCGACGAAUUCCUCGCUCACCGUCUCGGCCUUAUCCCCCUGAUCAGCAAAAACUGCGACCAAGACGUCGAGUACACGCGCGACUGCGAAUGCGAGGACCACUGCGCGCGCUGCUCCGUGACCCUGUCGCUCCAUGCGCGGUGCACAGGCGACGAUAUCAUGCGGGUGUAUGCGCGCGAUCUCGUGGUAUCAGGAGAACGGGCGAACGAGUGGGUGGGAAACCCGGUGAUCUUGGAUCCGGAGGGAAACGGGCCCUUGAUUUGUAAGUUGAGACGCGGCCAGGAGUUGAAGAUGACGUGUAUUGCGAAGAAGGGUAUUGCGAAGGAACAUGCGAAGUGGAUGCCCACGUCGGCGAUUGGGUUUGAAUAUGAUCCGCAUAAUAAUUUGAGACAUGUGGAUUACUGGUAUGAGGAGGAUCCGGCGAAGGAAUGGCCCGUCUCAGCCAACGCAGGAUGGGAACAGCCCGCUCCCCCAGACCAACCAUUCGACUAUGACGCCCAGCCCAACAGCUUCUACAUCGACGUCGAGAGCAUCGGCACCCUUGAACCGGAUAUGAUCAUCCAGCAAGGAAUCACAGUGUUGCAACGGAAGCUCGCCUCCGUGAUAUCCUCGUUAUCAGGCACCGAAGGCGCAGACCGCAACGGCGUCAUGGGCGGUGACGACGAAGAUAUGAUGGGUGUGCGCAGCCCGGAUGCCUACGAACCGCCCGAGGGUAUGGACGGUGGCUUUACGGCGUAUGCGAAUGGUGGAGGUGCUAGCGCAUGGGGUCCUAGUGCUACGACGCCGUAUGGAGUCACGCCGUAUGGGGGUGGAUAUGGAUUCUAAGGUGGAAUCAGUUCGUCGCACCUUCCCUUCUCACCUGACAAGGAAAGAAGCGGGGCAUGCUCUUACCUUUUUCCAUCCAUCUCAUUACCCACCAUGAAAGAAAAAAACGGAAAAGACCAAAAACAAACCUCGUCUAGUCACAUGCUCAUGCUCAUACUCACCUUACCAGUGACGGAUGGUCAUGACCAUGACAGACAGACAGUGGCACCCACAACCCAUCACGCAGCCUCGCAUGAAGCCACCAAAAAACCAAACUUACCAUAACCACUAACUAGUUACCACUUGCUACCAAGACCAUAUUACUACCUAUCAGUUAGCAUCCGGAUGGAGUUCGGGGGAGUUUCGUUUCUACUCGAUUUUCGGCCGGGCGUGAGGAAUUACUACUUGCUUGCUUGAUUCUUCAAUUCACAUAUCAUAUUUUCACAAACUUAUUUCUACUUUUUUUUGCCGUCUUUGUUUUUUUUUUUUUUUAUUU